AUGUCGCAUCUGGAGGACAGAGUAGCAGCAUUGCGACAAGAGUUCAUGGCAGACUCAAGUCAGGGAGAGAAGUACGAGGAGCUGAUCAAAUUCGAGGCGCAACUUAAGGCGUACAGAGACAGUCAGAGAAGGAGAAAACAAACAUUAGCGGGCAUUGGAGAGGAGUUGAACGGGGAGAUCGCGACGAAAUCCCUGACACGAAGGAUUACAAUACGGAAGGCAAAAACAACGAUCAAGGAGAUAGUGUAUGAAGGGAAGAAGUACGAAGGAGAAAGGGAAGUGCUGACGGCGGCGUCGGAGUUCUAUUCUAAACUCUUCGGAGCGAAAAAGCAGGAGUGGCCGAUGGAUCCCGCGAAAACUCUGGAUGAGGAAAGAAGGCAGAGGCUCUCAGCUCCAUGGACAGAAAAGGAAGUCAGACAAGCGAUGAAAGAGCUACCAAGGGGGAAAGCUCCUGGUGCAGACGGCUUACCGAAGGAACUACUGGAGGACAACUGGGACCUGUUGGGAGAGUCGGUGAUGGCCUUCAUGCAGGAGUUUGAAAAGACCGCGGUAUUACCGAGCAGUGCUUCGACAACGGUGACAAUCCUGCUGCACAAAAAAGGAGAACGGUCAGAUCUGGGGAAUUACAGACCAAUUACCCUGCUGAGUGCGAUCUACAAGAUUGUAGCGAAACUGCUCACGAACAGAAUGAAAAAGGUGCUACCGCAGGUCAUAUCGGAAAACCAGUUCAGCUUCAUUCCAGGCAGGCGGCUGGCAGAUGCGGUUAAAGUAGUAGCAGACACGAUUGACGCAGCGGUGAUCGGGAAAGAAGACUGGUACUUACUCAUGGUAGACUUUCAGAAGGCGUACGACUCCGUGUCAAGAACCUUCCUCUUCCGCACCUUAGAGCGCAUGGGCUUCCCGGCGGCCUUCAUUAAUUGGACCAGAGGACUGCAUGAACAUGCGGCGACGCAGUUACUAGUCAACGGCUGGCUAGGCGAACGGGUGAAUGUGGAAUCAGGAGUGCGGCAGGGUUGUCCCCUCGCGCCUUUUCUCUUCAUCUGCGCAGCAGAACCACUGAGUCAAGAAGCGGAACGAAGGAGGCUGGGAUUGAGGAAAAGGGGAAAAGGAGGCUUGGCAUACCUUGGAUAUGCGGACGACACAACACUUCUACUCCAAGGGAAGGAGCAGCUUAAGCGGGCACAAGGUCUUCUGGAUGACUUCAGUGUCAGGUCGGGGCUGCUUGUGAACCAAGGGAAGUUGACGGUGAUGCCGCUGGGGAAAAAUAGGCUGAAUCCUCCACCUGCAGACACAAACUAUAGUUGGGCGGCAAGGGGUGAGCCUGAAAGACUGCUGGGCAUCUGGAUCACAACGGAUGGGAGGGCAGAACCGACGUGGGAGAAAGCGCUGAUACGAGUGAACGCCAUUCUCACCAACUGGGAGAAGCUGCACCUCACAACAACGGCGCGGGUGAUGGUCUUAAAUGCUUAUGUGAUGCCGGUGGUGCUCUUCCAGGCUCAGGUGUACCAGCCACCUAAGCUGAUUUGGAAGCGGAUCCUGAAGCUGUGCCGCAAUUUUAUAUCGAAGGGGUGCGCGGACGAGGAAAAACACUUUAUUCUCUGGAGCGAGCUGCUGGCACACUUGGGGAGAAGGGAAGGGGGUCUGGGAGUCAUCAGUCCGAAAGAGAGAGUUAACAGUCAAGCGUUAUGGAAUCUGGGUGCAGCACUACUGGAAGAGAACCCAAUGAAGCAGUGGCUGCAGGAGAAGGCAUCGAACAUGCCUCUGGGAUGGGCGACGCUACUGGCGCACAAAGCAAUUCUUGCGGAAUGGACAUGCGGAAGUGGGCGUUGGAAGUCACUCACGCCGCUUGUAUGGGACAAACAACUGCCGGAACUGCCCGAACCAGAAAAUCUAUGGGAGAUGGCCCAGGAGCAACUCUGGUUUAGCCGAUGGAUACAUUACCAAGGGAGCAGCCCAUUCGGCAGACAGAAGGGGUCGGAGUGUCUGAAGGGAAUGAAGGUGGGGGACUUGCUACAAGAAGAGUAUGGGGGAGGAUGGAAGGUCAAAGACAUGUGGACCUUGACAAAGCAAACGGGAAGGUCUGCCACGGCGAGAUGGGCGCUCAUGGCAUGGGAAGCAGUACCAGAGGCCUGGAAGGUGAAACUCUUGGCGAGAAUAUCAGCAGAGACGAUUGCGGAGGCCUCUACGCUGGUUAGAGUGGGGAGAGGUGUGACAGGGAAUCAGCACUAUCUCCGAGUAGCGCUGUCCGAUACCAAGGAGCUAAGAUGUGAAUCGGUAGCCGUUGACGAAGAGGGAAAAAUCAAGCAUCUUGGGGGCACUGUUCAGGAGCCGGCACUACUGAACAUACUAACACCGAUGGUGGUCAGAGAAGGCCGGGUGUUGGGUUAG